CGUUCGUAUCCAUCGACACCUUCCUUCACUCGUUUCUCCUCAAUCGCCAGCUGCACAUCGCACAACAGCAGCUCAGCACCGUGGCUCCCGCACCCUCUACAAUCACCCUUCUCGUGCAUAGCCUGCCAGAUCGCCCAGCAUGUCCGGCACCGGUCCCCGCGAGGCCAUCUUCCCCACCCGUAUGAACCUCACCCUCACCAAGGGUCGUCUAAAGGGUGCUCAGACCGGCCACUCGCUCCUCGCCAAGAAGCGUGACGCCCUCACCACGCGUUUCCGCCAGAUCCUCAAGAAGGUCGACGAGGCCAAGCGUCUCAUGGGCCGCGUCCUCCAGCUCGCGUCCUUCUCCCUCGCCGAGGUCACGUACACUGCCGGUGACAUUGGAUACCAGGUUCAGGAGAGUGUCCGCAAGGCGAGCUACACGGUCCAGGCGAAGCAGGAGAACGUGUCGGGUGUGGUCCUCCCCGCGUUCGAGGGCGUGAGGAGCGCGACUGGCAACGACUUCAACCUCACUGGUCUCAGUCGUGGUGGACAGCAGAUCCAGAGGAGUCGAGACACUUAUGUCAAGGCCGUUGGCACGUUGGUGGAACUGGCCUCGCUCCAGACUGCAUUCACCAUCCUCGACGAGGUCAUUCGCGCGACCAACCGCCGUGUCAACGCGAUCGAGCACGUCGUCAUCCCCAGGCUCGAGAACACGAUCUCGUACAUCAACUCUGAGCUCGACGAGAUGGACCGUGAAGAGUUCUUCCGCCUGAAGAAGGUGCAGGGCAAGAAGAAGCGCGACGCCGCUCGUGCCGAGGGCGAGCGCGCAACUGCCAACGCCGAGGUCGAGGCUGCUGGCGGCGAGGUGCACAAGGACGACGGUAUUGGCGGCGGUGCUGCGGGCGGCGGAGACAUGCUCGACCAGGACAAGGAUGACGACGUUAUUUUCUAGUUUCUUAGUGGCCUCACAGAUGUUACACAUUGUUUCG